AAACCAACCCUGCGUGCUUGCCAGCUGUCAAAAUCAAACGUAGCCAACUUCAAGUGACGUUUGAUUUCUUUCCUGUUGAAUUUUUGACAAAUCAACAACUUAAAAAUGGCCAAACGCACCAAGAAGGUUGGAAUCGUUGGUAAAUAUGGUACCCGUUAUGGUGCCUCCUUGCGUAAGAUGGUCAAGAAGAUGGAAGUGACUCAGCACUCGAAAUAUACCUGCACCUUCUGCGGCAAGGACUCGAUGAAGCGCGCUUGCGUUGGUAUCUGGUCCUGCAAACGCUGUAAGCGUGUGGUUGCCGGUGGCGCCUGGGUAUACUCGACGACCGCUGCUGCAUCUGUCCGCUCCGCUGUGCGUCGUUUGCGCGAAACCAAGGAACAGUAAACAGUAGCCUGAAAUAUGAAGAGUUUCUACACUUUAAAUUGUAGGAUUAGGUGAAUUUAUGUGAAAUUGGCGCGGUUUGUGCUUUACCAAAUUUACGUUUGGUUGUGUUGUUUGGCCGCCAGCUUACGGACACGAUUGUUGUACAAGGAAAAACAAGAGUAGAAAAAAUUAAAAAUUCUAGCUUUUUGACAAAGCGCAAAAAAAAUUA